CGAGGCACAAAAGCGAUGUGUCAUGAAGGUAAUUGCGGUGUCUGUAUCGUAAGUGUAACAUUCAAGGACAAAACAAUAGCAAUAAAUUCCUGUCUUGUACCGGUACUGAUCUGUGACAAAUGGUAUAUUGAAACCAUUGAAAGUUUAGGAAACAAGCGAGACGGUUAUCAUGUGAUUCAAGCUGCGCUCGCUAAUAAGAAUGGUUCUCAAUGUGGAUAUUGCUCUCCUGGCAUAGUGAUGAAUAUGUAUAGUAUCGGAAUUAGUACUAAGGAUUUGUCUAUGAAGCAAAUCGAAAAUUCAUUUGAUGGCAUUGUUUGUCGAUGUACUGGAUAUCGUGCAAUUUUGGAUGCAUGCAAGGGAUUUGCCACCGAUGCAUCUCCAUCACUGGUGAAAGAUAUUCUCGACAUAGAGGAGCUAUACAAAAUUAAAGCUUGCUGGAAACAUGAAAUGCCAUGUAUACAAAGUUGCUAUGAUAAUCAAGCUUCCAAUGAAAGUGCAAUGUUGAGCAUAAAAUUAGAGGAUGCAUACUUCUACAAAGUUUACUCGGUCGAAAUGCUGUUUGCACUAUUAAAAAUUAAUCCACAGGCAACAUAUAUAUUAAAUGGAGGAAAUACUGCUCACGGUAUUUAUCCUUAUAGCAAAAAAAAUAUGUACAUUGAUAUAAACAACAUUCCAGACAUGAGUAACAUUACAAAAACUGAUUCGACUUUGGUACUAGGAGGAAAUGUAACCCUUACCAUGGCACUACAGACAUUCCAAAAAUAUUCUACAGAAACCGGAUUUAAAUAUCUAGAACAAUUGGCCGAGCAUAUAGAGAUGAUAGCAAAUGUUCCCGUACGAAAUAUUGCCACUAUAGCAGGGAAUUUAAUGUUAAAAUACGAGCACAGAGAGUUUCCAUCCGAUUUGUUUUUGAUAUUACAGACUAUCGGUACUGAAGUACACAUCUUGGAAAGUCCCUCUGAGAAGCAAAGUAUAUAUCUGUACGAAUUUUUGGAGCUCGACAUGCACCAUAAAGUCAUUUAUAGCGUUGUGUUACCACAGCUUACUGAUCAGCACAUAUACAGAUUCUAUAAGGUCAUGCCUAGAGCCCAGAAUGCACGCACUCACGUCAACGCUGGCUUCCUCUUCAAACUCGAUGCCGACGACAAAGUGUUGGAGCAGCCUAACAUUAUUUUCGGUGGCAUCAAUAAAGAUUUUACGCACGCAAUUAACACAGAAAAAUUGUUGGUGGAUAAAAUUAUUUUUUCAUCUUCCCUGCUGAAGCAAACCUUGGAUGUCUUGCAUGCCGAACUGCAACCUGAUCAUGUUUUACCGGAUUACUCACCAGAAUUUCGCAAGACACUAGCCGAAGGAUUAUUUUACAGGUGUAUAUUAAGCAUCAAACCAGAGAAAAUACCUCCUUUUUAUCUCAGUGGAGGCACCAUAUUAAAACGUGGUCUCUCUAUAGGUCACCAAUUCUUCGAUACGUAUGUAGACAUAUGGCCAGUGACUAAGCCUAUGCCAAAGUUAGAAUCUAUUGCACAGACAUCAGGCGAAGCCCAAUAUUGUGAUGAUCUGCCCCCAUUUCUUAGAGAAGUGUUUUGUGCUUUUGUCGUCACAAAUAUCAUUACAGGCCAAAUCAGUGGGAUAGAUGCUAAACAGGCUCUUCAAAUGAAGGGUGUAGUGGCAUUUUUUAGCGCCGAUGACAUACCGGGAAAAAAUCUAUGCAUUUCAGCUGUUAACGAGAUGAUGUCCUUGUCAGAGGACGAGUUACUGUUCGCCGAAAAUGAUGUUUUGUAUGCCGGCCAACCGGUCGGUGUAGUCGUCGCGGAGACGCAAAAUUUAGCGAAUGAAGCUGCAAAAUUGGUAAAAAUUAAAUAUAUAGAAUCUCCGAAUACAAAGCCGAUAAUAAGUAUUGAAGAUGCUAUUAAUGCGCAUGAUGAAACUAGAUUCAGGCGAAGCGUCCAUAUUCCAGCAAAGAGGAUAGGAAAAAAUGUUCAACACACACUAAAGGGAUUCAUUCAGUGUAAUAGUCAAUAUCAUUACUCCAUGGAGACUCAAUCCUGCGUAUGCGUUCCUGUGGAGAAUGGUAUGGAGGUAUAUCCAUCGUCACAAUGGAUGGAUCUCAUCCAAGUAUCAAUCGCGGAUUGCCUUAAUGUUUCGAAUAACAGAAUUAGUGUGCAUGUCAGACGACUUGGCGGUUCCUACGGGUCGAAAAUCUCACGUAACGUGCAAAUUUCGUGUGCUUGCGCAUUGGUAUGUCAUAAACUGAAUCGUCCAGCACGAUUCAUUAUGACGAUAGAGAGCAAUAUGUUAUCGAUAGGCAAGAGAUGUCCUACGCAUCAUGAAUAUGAGAUUGGAGUCGACAAUGACGGAGUUAUACAGUAUCUCAACUCCGAACACUGGAGCAACUGUGGUUCUAGUUUCAACGAAUCACAAGUAAACGUGGUAGCUUCCUUCAUGAAAAGUAGCUGCUAUUUAACAGAUACUUGGACGUUUAAGGGAAUUGACGUGAAAACCAAUUUACCAUCAAACACAUUUUGUUGGGCAUCAGGAUCUACGGCAGCAAUAGCCAUAAUAGAAAAUAUAAUGGAAUUUAUUGCGAGAUUGAUGAUCAAGGAUCCCAUAAAGAUCAGGUUGGCAAAUAUGAAUGAUGUGGAUAAAUCCGUAUUAGAAAAUAUGAUAAAAGAUAUGUUGGAUAAAACCAAUUACGAGCAGAGGAAGGAUUCUAUUAUGGAGUAUAACAAAGACAAUCGCUGGAAAAGAAAAGGAAUUGCAAUGGUACCGAUGAAGUAUUUGAUGACAUAUGAAGGACAAUUCAACGCAAUAGUGUCGGUCUGCGCUCGAGACGGUUCAGUAUGCGUGACACAUAGCGGAAUUGAGAUCAAUCAAGGCAUAAAUACUAAGAUUGCACAAGUAGCAGCUCAUACACUGGGAAUCAAUAUCGAAUUAAUUUCCAUUAAACAAAGCAACAAUUUAGUGGCAAUAAACGAGUCAACUACAGGACACAACAUUACUAUAGAAACUUGUGGAUACGCAACGAUCCAAGCUUGCACACAAAUUUUAAAGAGACUCGAGCCAAUAAAAAAAAAAAUGAAUAAUCCGAAAUGGAAGGAUCUUGUUUUUAAAGCGUAUCAAGAAGGGAUUGAUUUAUACGCAAGUUAUACGUUAGUAAGCGAAUCAAUGAAAGAUACGUUGAAACCUUACCCUAUUUACGGUGUUACCAUUGCCGAAGUGGAAAUCGAUGUGCUGACCGGUCAACACGUUGUCAGGAGAGUCGAUUUGAUGAUCGAUGCUGGUGCAAGCUUGAAUCCAGAAAUCGACGUCGGUCAGGUGGAAGGAGCUUUCGUGAUGGGAAUGGGAUACUGGACUUCUGAGGAUUUGGUGUACGAACCUAAAACAGGAUUAUUAACAAAUAACAGUUCAUGGAAAUAUGUACCACCAGGAGCAAAGGACAUUCCUGAAGAUUUCCGUGUGUACUUAAGCAAAAAUUCGUUUAACGAAAAUGUUGUCUACGGUUCAAAAACAAUCAAUGAACCACCGCUUUGUAUGAGUUGUGUAAUUCCGAUAGCAAUCCGUAAAGCAUUGAAUUCUGCUAGAAUAGAUUCAGGGAAUGAAGAUAAGUGGUAUCAACUGGAUGGUCCAUGUACAAACGAAAAUAUACUUCUGACUAGUUUGACUAGCAGAGACCAAAUGUUCAUAGAAAAAAAAUAG